AUGCCUCGCCUACGCUCGCGCGCAGCUCCAGCAGCACCUCUAACAGUUCCUAGUGCUGCUCCUUCUGCCACUUCCACCCGCCCAAGACGCUACAAUGCGAACCAAUCACCCGCUGCGGCCGUCAUCCAGCGCUCCUCGCCUGAAGAGACACGUCAGUCGAUACACCUGACCGUCAAAUCCUCACCUGGCAAGCUCAGACAGGCCACUGGUGGCGGUGACAUACCCAAGGGCCGAGUCAGCAGGACAAAUAUUGUAUCAGGCAAGCGCGCAUCUAGGAGCAGCCGUGUCGUGCGUGAAGUCGACAGUGAUGAAGACGAGGAGGAGGACGAGGAUGCCGAAGAAGCAGAUGUCAUGGAUGUGGAUGAGGACGAUGAGGACGAUGAGGAGGAGGACGAGGAGGAAGAGGAAGAGGAUGCCGACGGGGACGAAGAUGAGGACAUGGACGCCGAAGGCGACGAGGACGAGGACACGGACGACACACCUGCGCCGCGCGCCGUCGCACCAUCAAGUCGAAACAUGCCCGCCAAACCAGCGAUAAGCAUCACAAAAGCCCAAGAUUCGGUUAAAGCAAAGCAAAUGGCCCUGGACGCUUCAGACGACGAGGAGCUCAGCGAGCCCGACUCAGACCUCGACGGUGAAGAAGAGGAUGCAGAGGGCGAAGACGAAGACGCAGAGGGUGAGGAUGACGACGACAUGGACGUCACCCAAGCGGAUGGCAUGGAGGAGGAGAUGGACAGCGAUGGGGAACUCCUGAGCCGCGAUCAAACGCCCGAUGUCAGCAAAAUGACCAAACGCCAACGCGCCAUGAUGGCCGAGGAAGAGGACGGAGCCCUUCUCGCCCUGUCCAACGAGGCCCAAAAGAAGAAGCAUCUCACAGCCGAGGAACACGCCAUGCGACGUGCGGAAAUGGCAAGACGGAGGAAGAAUCUCAGCGAGAAGAGAAACGAGGAAGAAAAGCUCGACACCAUCAACCGCCUCCUCAAGAAACAACCACCUAAACGUGGUCGUCGCGUCGUCCAGGACGUCGGCUCCGGCGGCGAGGAAGAGGAGGCCGAACGCGCAAAUCCCCUGUUUGUCCGCUACGUUCAGAAUGCAAAGGGCACCGCUCUCGCUGUGCCGGACGAGUGGCUCAAGGCUCCCGUGGGCAGCUUGUUUGCAGGCCGAGCACAGAAGAGCAGUUCACGGUCCUGGACGGGGAGGAUGGUCGAGGAAGUGUCUUGA